AUGACUACCACUACUACUACGUACUCGAGCUGCGAGCAUGAAAUCGUGCUUCGUGGUUCAGACUCCACACAGCCAGCUGCCUCAUUCUACUUCCCAAGGUUGCUGCGCAAUUUUGACUGGAACCGAGGCUUCAACGUCCAUUACGAAAAGGCUAGGGCGGAGUCUAACUCUUGGCUAUUCUCAUUGCAUCCUUUUUCAAAGGAAGGCCAGAAGGCGUUUGAAGGGUGGGAUUUUCCUUACCUUGCUGCGGUAUCGUACUAUGGAGGAUCUUAUAGCACGUUCCGUAGUAUUUGCGACAUCACGAAUGUGUUCUUCGUGAUCGAUGAACAAACGGACGCAGAACCAGUCGACGUGGUUAAAGAACGUUGUGAAAUGGCUAUGGACGCCAUCCUCAGACCAGAGGAACCCCGUCCCGAUGGAGAAUGUGUCAUCGGCGAGGCGACAAGACAAUGUUGGAAACGCGCAUAUCCAGAGCUCCCUCUGGUGAUAAUCGAAAGAUUCCAAAGAACAUGGCGAGCGUAUCUAGACUCCGUCAUAAGGCAAGCUGAAAACCGGUCACGACAACGUAUUUUGCACCCCGAGGAAUACCUUCGCGAGCGCGUCGACAACAUAGGCAUAUGGCCCUCUGUUGCAAUUGGCGAGCAAUGCCUAGGCCUUCAGAUUCCUCACGAGUGUAUGGAGCAUCCGUAUCUAGAGGACAUGAGGACCUGGUGCAGUGAGCUGGUCACUUUGCAAAAUGAUCUGUUCUCGUACAGGAAAGAGCGGUUGGCAGAUGAUUGUGACUACAACGCCAUAACCACUGUAAUUCACCAUUUGGGUCUUGAUCUCCAAGAAGCGGUGCGGUGGGUCGAGGAGAGACAUGAAGCUACUCUGCAAAAGUUCCUGAAGACCCGAGAAAAGGUUAUUCAUCAUGACGGAUAUCCUUCCUACGGCGCGGAUCUUGAUACCCAAAUUGCCCAGUACACAGGAGUUCUUGCUGAUUGGAUUCGUGGUAACUACGAAUGGAGCUGGUAUACAAAGCGCUACUGGUCCUCGGAAAUGGCUCAGAAGGCCAGGCAGACUCGGAUUGUUCCCCUGCUUUAG